AAAGGUUUACGUUAUUCCCCUGAAACAAAAGAGAAUAAUAUCAAAAUAGAAUCAGAAGAGUCAAGAUAAAACGACUGAAGAUAUAGAAAUGCCCAAACCCCAUGAUCAAUCAUGAUAAGCGAGAAUUGUAUAGUAUAGAGGGGCCUCACCCAGCCUGGCCCCUUCCAGUCUCCCCACAGUGUCCAUCUCGAGACUCGAGUUCGAUCCGUCUUUCAACCAACCAUUGUCCCAUUGUACCCCACCAUCACUGCUACUGCAGUAGCAUCCAAUCGUUUCUUAAACCCCCCUGCGAAGAAGCACAGACCAUCUUGCAGAACCCUUCAUAUCAACUGAGCUCGUUACUCCCAUCCGUUCAGACAGAUACAAAGUCCGAAAUGGCAGUCAUUUCCCUCCCUCCAGAUCCCGAAGCCAUCCAUCAUAUCUCUAAACGAAGCAACUGGGCCAGCCACGAAGCAGGUGUCAUCGUCGUCUUCUGCGUAGUCUUCAUUGUCGUUACCGGUGUCCUUGGUGUCUUUAUUGGCCGCGCCAUUUCAAGACGCAAAAUCAGUCGCUCAGUUGUAUAAAGGACAGUGAUGAAGGCCGAUGCUGUCGAUAUGAUAAUGCUCGUUGAUGAGAGGAACGUGGAUCUGGGCACGUUCAUGAACCAUGACGCUUACAUUCCUAUGCUGGAGAAUUGAAGGGGGAUGAAACACUUGCUC